CUUUACUAUGCUGCCUGCAAUCACAGCAGACAUCCUGCCAGGCGCACAGCACUCAAGUUCCAAAGGCAUCGCAAAGAACGGAAAAUACCCGUACGGCAUAGCGGAGACCCAGCUCUGUUCUUUUUUAGCACACGCCUGCUAUCCUCUGUGAAACUCUAAAUUGUGUCGGCAACAAUGGCCUCAGAGACAGCAAUCCCCGAACGCCCCGUCCCGUUGCUCGGGGUGGUUCCGGAAGGUACGCUGCUUGAGGCCCGCCGUUGGAUUGGCCUGGCAAUUGUCAUGUGUUUCCAACACACUGAGCUUGAGGAGUACUUGGGGCAAAGUUUCUCAAACAUCUUGCGAAUAUGUCACUGUGCGCCCCUCCACACAGGUCUGCCCCCGAAACAAACACUCCUAGGGUCCGACGAUAUCGCUGCGGCGUUCGGUCUCAAGAAACGUCUGCUCAAACGGUUCAUUGAGCCAUAUCAGUUGCCUGAGGGACACCCCGACAGGCCGACGAAGGAUUUUACGUGCCUUAUCAAAGACCUGAAAGGGCUGUCCACUGCAAAAGGAAGCCAUUUCAUCCGCCGGCUGCUAACGCACGAACCGGCGAGGCCGCAGAAGAUUGAGCGGAUUGAUCCGUUCUAUAUUAAGAAUGCGUUGAAUUUCAAGAAGGGGGUCUUGAAAGAUUAUGAUACUAGCGUAUUUGGCGAGCUGGCACCACCGCCUCCAGCACCUCUAGUGACCGCGCCGAGUGUUCCGAAAAUCACUCUCAAACUCGGCAGCCGCGCCUCAAUAUCAGCCCUACCAGACGACCACCACGCCCCCCGCCACGUAACAAUCAAAGAACCCGAGCCCAAAGAAAAGAUCUCCCCGACCAAACGACGUCAUGAAGACGACGAUGACGUGAAAUCACCGCCCAAGAGGAGAAAAAGCAGUAAAGAGAUGCCGCCUGCGAAGGGCGUGCCGUCUGGGUAUCGACGACGGAGUAUUGAGGAGGCGAGGGCGGUUGCGGCCGCGAAGUAUAAGUCGAGUCAGCAGGAGCGAAAAACGAGAGAGGAAGAAGGAGAACGGCUUGAACCGCCACGAAAGAGAAAGGCCGACGAGGGAGAAAAUCAUGAACUGUCAAAGAAGAGACGAGUGGAUGACUCGCAUCACCAGGAAUCCGCCAAGAAGCGGAAGAAGCCGGCACCCCCACCUUCUCGCCGCCGUUCAGUCCUGGAUGCAUCCGACAUUGAUAUCAUAAACUGAGAAGAGUAUCGCAUAUCUUCGAAACCUUUGCGCCCUACCACGGGUGCACAGUCAAAAACACCGAAAGAGAACUUUCGUGACAUGAAAAUAACGACACGCAUCUGCACUCUUAGUUUCUGUAGUCUCCCCUUUUUGGCUAACCGUAUUUUUUUGGGACUGUGCUUUUCAAGUGUAUGUAUAUACCCGUUUUCAACAUUUUUGGG